UGAGAGCUUUUUUGAGCAGUGAAGUGAAUAACGGCGUUACUUUUUUCAGUAACAGGUAAUCUAACUAAUUAGUUUUACUGUCAGCAUAACGCCGUUACCAUUUUCGACACCACGUUACUGCACGUUAUUGAAGCCGCCUAAAAAUAUAUGACCGACUUCAUAACUAAUCUGCAACGCAGUGAGAGUGUGAGAGUGUUGCAGAGUGACAAGGGAGGGGGUUGCGAUAACCACAUAAGCAAUGAGGAUUGGCUCAGAUUUUAGUAAAAUUGCGUCUUCAGCCAAUCAGAGAACUUAAGUGGGCGGGUGUUUAGAGCACAUACGCAAUGAGGAUUGGCUAAAGUUUAGUAAGAUUGCGUCUUCAGCCAAUCAGAGAACUUGGGUGGGCGGGUGUUUCGAGCACGUCCAAAAUGCGAUAAAGCAUAGCAGAUGGCAAGUAAAGAGGACUCUAGUGAGAAGACAGCGUUUGCCAAAUGGAAGUACAGACACUACUUUAACCUCGUUGAUGUCAAAGUGUCAAUGAACCUGGCAACAUGUCCUUUGUCAAAGACACCGUGGACAAACUCCUGAAGGGAUAUGACAUCCGUCUGAGGCCGGACUUUGGGGCUGCACCGGUUGCCGUUGGCAUGAGUAUCGACGUGGCCAGCAUAGAUAUGGUGUCUGAGGUCAACAUGGAUUACACCCUGACCAUGUACUUCCAGCAGUACUGGAGGGACAAGCGUCUGGCCUACGUGGGCAUCCCCCUCAACCUGACCCUGGACAACCGCGUGGCCGACCAGCUGUGGGUGCCGGACACGUACUUCCUCAACGAUAAGAAGUCCUUUGUUCAUGGCGUCACCGUCAAGAACCGUAUGAUUCGACUUCACCCGGACGGCACCGUCCUCUACGGCCUCAGAAUCACAACGACGGCCGCCUGCAUGAUGGACCUAAGGAGGUACCCGCUGGAUGAGCAGAACUGCACGCUGGAGAUCGAGAGCUACGGCUACACGACAGAUGAUAUCGAGUUCUACUGGAAAGGAGGCGACACGGCUGUCACAGGGGUGACGCGCAUCGAGCUCCCGCAGUUCUCCAUCGUGGACUACAAGCUGGUCUCUAAGAAUGUGGUCUUCUCCACAGGUGCCUACCCUCGACUGUCUCUGAGCUUCAAGCUGAAGAGAAACAUCGGGUACUUCAUCUUGCAGACGUACAUGCCCUCCAUCCUGAUCACCAUCCUGUCUUGGGUCUCCUUCUGGAUCAAUUACGACGCCUCGGCUGCCAGAGUGGCUUUAGGCAUCACCACCGUGCUUACCAUGACGACCAUCAACACCCACCUGAGGGAGACGCUACCCAAGAUCCCCUACGUGAAAGCCAUCGACAUGUACCUGAUGGGCUGCUUCGUCUUCGUCUUCCUGGCGCUGCUGGAGUAUGCCUUCGUCAACUACAUCUUCUUCGGUCGAGGGCCGCAGAUGCAGAAGAGGCUGGCUGAGCGGGCGCAGAAAGCCAACAACGACCGCGCCAAGUUCGAGCGACCAAAGGCCGACUCUCAAGGCAACAUCCUGCUGACCACCCUGGAGAUCCACAACGAGGUGGGGGGCCACGAAAUCACCACCACGGUGUGCGAGACCACCCACAACUCCACCAUGUCGGACAACUCCACGGGGGCCCAGUACAGGAGGACCAGCGGGUCGGCUGGCCGUCGCAGCCUGGACGGGACGACUCAGCUCAGGAGGAGCCGACUGAGGCGGCGCUCGUCGCAGCUCAAAAUCAAAAUCCCCGACCUGACGGACGUGAACGCUAUCGACCGCUGGUCUCGCUUCAUUUUCCCUUUCAGCUUCUCCUUCUUUAACGUCGUUUACUGGCUUUAUUACGUCAAUUAAAGCCUGGGUUCGAACGCUGACGCUCUUUGUGAUGUGCUGGAUUGCAAAAAUAUGACUUGUCUGUUUUUAUGACCCGCCUUUUCAUGACCUCGUAACACCGCCAGGACGUUAGCAAGCUGUGGAAGAUGUCCACGUGUCCCUCGAACCAAAUCAGAGCACUUUCUCUGAUGUCAAUCGCUAGCAUGCUAGCAUUGUUAUGAUAGGUUGUGAUGGACAGUGGAACCCCUCAAGCCCAGCACAAUCUGGUUCGGAUUUUAUGUUACAGUAAUCCCUCGACACUUAUUCGCCCUUUCUGAUUUUAAUAGUUUUAUGGUCAACACAUGAAAAUCAUAACACUAUUAUUUCACCUUUUAUUUCAUGGGUGUCCAAAAUGCACGCAGGGGGCCAUUUGUAAAGUGCGACUGUUUGUUCAAGAAAGAUGUCAACAACCCUAGGUUGUCCACAUGUGCUUUCAUGACCAGACUAAGUAGCUAACGCUAAUUUAAAACAACGAAGCGGAGUAAGGAUGCCCUCUUCUGUACACAGUUGGAACUACAAGCUACAUUCCCAUUAGAAUGUGUUCAUUAGCAAACAGGUCAUUAAAAAAAACACAUCAUCAGGUUGCCUACAGCCACAUCUGUAAUGCUAAUGUUUUUGGACCAGGUGCUAAAUUGGAAACUCCUGUGUUAUUUUCUUUUGUAGUCCACGCCCACAAAACUUGAUGCUCAAUUGGACAGAAGAGUCAAUUGAAGCGCUUAUGGCAGGGGUGUCCAAAAAGAUGUAUUUAUUGGCCCACAGUAUGUUCUCAAAAUGCAGUUAAACAAGAAAACGACAGUAAAAAUGGCAAAAAAACAGCUGUUUUUUUUGCAAGAAUAAAGUCAAAACUUGUCAUCCUACAGAGAAAAAUCAUAAUAUUCAGAAAAACAUGUCGUUUUUUUAGAAGCAUAAAGUGGAAAUAUUAAAAAUGUCAGGUUUACAGCGACAAAAGAAGCACACAAGAGCAGAUAAAGUGCAAAAACAGGGUAAUAUAAAUACAAAUCAGAAUUUAUAUGCACUAUAUAAAGUUAUAUACAUGAUGACCAGGUGUCUUAAGUGAUUUAUUGCACGGUUUAUUGCACAGUUACUGUACGGAAUUUUUGUAGCAGUUUUUUAUAGCGCAGAGUCGUUUGAUAUUAUGACAGACUAAACCAAACCAAGAAUGACGUUGCAAAUAUUGGAGAGAAGUUAUGCUAUGAGGAGAAUAAAGUCAUAAUAUUCUAAGGAAAAACAUAAAGUUGGCAUAUUAAAGACAAUUUUUUUUUAUAAAGUCAUCAUACAAAAAAAAACAAAAACAAAGAAUGAAGGUGCAAAUUUUGGAAAAUUAGGUUGGGAAAAGUAACAAUAUUAUGAAAAUAAAGUCAAAAUAUUAUGAGAAUAAAAUGCAAUUUUUUCAAUAUUUGAAAAAAUAUGAGAAAGCGGAGUAUAUGUAAAUAAAGUAUAUGUAACUUAGCAUACUGUGGCAAAGUUUCCUUUACAUUAUGUGGCCCUCGCUUUUGGACACCCCCGUCUUAGGGUAUUAUUAUUAUUAUUAUUCAUGUGGCAAAACAAGCAAAGAAGAAGUGAAAGACCCAGAGCGGAUCCUUCAGGCACGGCGUUGAGGUUUUGUGCGACCUUGAAGCCAUUUUUUGGGAGUGGUGUUGCGCUUCAGAGGUUCCACCCUACUAUGGACAAGUUAUGGUCCUGACUUUUUCUUUCUCUUGAUUGCAGCAAAGUGCCAUCACUCAUUUUCUCACGGUUAGCAUUUGUUGGCACAGUUUGUGAUGGGGACAACACGGGUCCUAUACAAAAUGUUACGGUUCAGUACCGAGCUGGAAAUCUUGUUUUUGUGAGACUUUUAUUUAAUACAACACCAUUCGCACACACUUUGUGUCGUCAUUUUUUUCCCCCUCUCUUUGAGUGAAGGCAACACCGUGUAAGACAAACUUUUAGCGUGCCAGCCAUCUGGGGCGAGCGUCGGUGCGUAGGAGUGCCGCCACCUGUCACCAAAGCGCGGCAUGCCGGAGGAACGCCGGGAAGAAAAUUAUAGGAGAAGCAAAAACGUGCGACUCGGACCUGACUGAGCUUUCCCUGGAUCUCUUUUUUUUUUACAUGUACUUCCCCUAAAAUACAUCAGGACUCAUGCAUCAUGUGGCUACGACACACUUGUCCACCUACAAGGUCUUAAUGCAGGGGAACAAGAAAUCCUGAAUUUGUCACCAGUGCCAAGAUGCAGAGGCAAGCGAUCCGUGUAACAAAAAGUUUUAUUACAACACGUUGUGACUCACAAGGAGAAAAAUGCCAAAACAAAAAUUAACCAAGUACAACGAUACAAAAGUGCUGCCACACAUGGGAAGAGGCAGGACAACUACACAGAACACAAACUAUAUUGUCGACUACUCUAGCCGUUGACAGAUUAAAAUGUUUUAAUUUUGCUGCUAGGGAAUCAGGAACUCCACCCACUUGUGCCUGAGGCGUUGUUAGAAAUUGUAAACAAAUGUACACUCUAAAAAUAAAUGUUUAGCCUAAAAAAAAAA